UGACGUUUUCGGAAGCGCCGAGAGUCGUCCGCGGGGGACAGGUGGGGAAGGGUCCCAGCUGUGUGGUGGGGCCCGGGCGCUGAGCGUGAUCGGAGUCUGACGGGGAGCGGCCACCGUGAGUGUGGGGCCUGCAGCCUUCUCCUCCCUGCGCCCCCUGCCCGGCCUGUCGCGCGCGAGGCCCCUGACGGCUCCGGUCCCCUCCUACCGCUCGCGAUAGACGCGAAAGCCUUGAAUAAUUUUGCCCGAUGUUGACAACUUGGCUUGAGUGCCUUCGAGAAGGCCUCGAGUAGUUGUCAGUGGAUCCUUCUCCGCUGUAAACGCCCCCUUCGCUCAUUCCUGGACGUCUUGGUCCUCAUGUCUGACCAUGGAGACGUGAGCCUCCCACCCGAAGACCGGGUUAGGGCUCUGUCCCACAGGGGCAGCGCCGUGGAGAUAAAUGAAGACAUUCCACCCCGCCGGUACUUCCGCUCCGGAGUGGAGAUUAUCCGAAUGGCAUCUGUUUACUGUGAGGAAGGCAACAUUGAAUAUGCCUUCAUCCUCUAUAACAAGUAUAUCACGCUCUUUAUUGAGAAACUACCAAAGCAUCGAGAUUACAAAUCGGCUGUCAUUCCUGAAAAGAAAGACACAGUAAAGAAAUUAAAGGAGAUUGCAUUUCCCAAAGCAGAAGAACUGAAGGCAGAACUGUUAAAACGAUAUACCAAAGAAUAUUUAGAAUAUAAUGAAGAAAAAAAGAAGGAAGCGGAAGAAUUUGCCCGAAAUGUGGCCAUGCAGGAAGAGCUGGAAAAGGAAAGACAGAGGGUGGCACAGCAGAAGCAGCAGCAGCUGGAGCAGGAGCAGUUCCACGCCUUCGAGGAGAUGAUCCGGAACCAGGAGCUAGAAAAGGAGCGCCUGAAGAUUGUGCGGGAGUUUGGGAAGGUGGACCCUGGCCUGGGUGGCCCACUGGUGCCCGACUUGGAGAAGCCCUCCCUAGAUGUGUUCCCCACGGUGCCUGCUGUAUCCACACAGCCUUCAGAUUGUAAUGCAGCUGUGAGGCUUGCCAAGCCACCGGUAGUGGACAGAUCCUUGAAACCUGGAGCAUUGAACAACUUGGAAGCUCCUACAAUUGAUGGAUUGCGCCACGUGGUGGUGCCUGGGAAGCUCUGCCCACAGUUUCUCCAGUUGGCCAGUGCCAACACUGCCCGGGGAGUGGAGACAUGUGGGAUUCUCUGUGGAAAACUGAUGAGGAACGAAUUCACCAUUACCCAUGUUCUCAUCCCCAAGCAAAGUGCUGGGUCUGAUUAUUGCAACACCGAGAGUGAAGAAGAGCUUUUCCUCGUGCAGGAUCAGCAGGGUCUCAUCACACUGGGCUGGAUUCAUACUCACCCCACGCAGACAGCCUUCCUCUCCAGUGUCGACCUACACACUCACUGCUCGUACCAGAUGAUGUUGCCAGAGUCGAUAGCCAUCGUUUGUUCCCCCAAAUUCCAGGAAACUGGAUUCUUUAGACUCACUGACCAUGGCCUAGAGGAGAUUUCUUCCUGUCGCCAGAAAGGAUUUCAUCCCCACAGCAAGGAUCCACCCCUCUUCUGUAGCUGCAACCACGUGACUGUUGUGGACAGAGCUGUGACCGUCUCAGACCUUCGAUGAGAGUUUGACUCAGACGCCUCCCAAGAAUUGUAAAACCAUAUCAGUGUACUGUAGCCCCUUAAUUUAAACUUUCCAGAAAGCUCUGGAAGCUUAGGAAGUACCACCCAGGGGAGAACUGAUUUUCUAUUUCUGGUUUGAAAAGAAAUGAUCAAGUAUGUUUUUUAGGCACAUCUGGAAAAUAGCAUGGUCAUGCUAAAGCAACUUUUCAGUCUGCCUGCAGCUAAAAAAUCAAGGUGAGAAACUAUGAUGAAGACUCACAUGUGCUUUGUUGAAGAUUCAUCAAUUGUUAACAUUCACCAAUUGUUAACAUUUUUCCACUGUCACCUAUCCUUCUAAUUUCUUUGCCAACUUGUUUAUUGUUUACCUUUGGACUAAUUAAGAGCAUCUAUGCAGAAGUUUGGAAGCCAUUUAAAAAAUCUUUGGGUUUUCCUGUGGUUUAUGGCAAGAUUAAUGAAGCUUAUUAUAAGGCUGAAGGUCAGCUUCCUAUGUCUGACCAGAUGGUGAGGCUCAAAAACCCUAAAGAAUGAUUUUGUCAGAAAUUAUUGUUAUUUAACAAAUAUUUCAGGAUAUUUUUUCUUCUACAAUAAAAUAACAAUUAACUUAUAUAUACA